AACAGAGAUGGAAUUCCUUGGCAUGACCCCAAAGCCAAUAAGUAAAACCACUGGAUAUACAGAGAGCACUCCAAGGCCCUAUCCUCAAGCACUAGAAUUUGCGGAGGUGAUCUCCGAGGAAAGACUGCAAAGGGAAGAAUCAGAGCACUGACUACAGAGUCAUUACAUCAUGUCCCAGAAUCUUCAGAGAUGACACCAAGGCUAAGAUAUCCAGUUCCUGAAUCUGUGGGUUCAACCUCUAAGCAAUGGCUUCAAAGGGAGGAAUCUUUAGAUUUGUCCCCAAGGCAAACAGGUCAAGCUAUAGGACAUGCAGAAUCUGUAGAGCUCACAUCUGAGACACGGCAGCAAGGGGAUGGACCAAUGGGGCUGACACAGUCACAGAAUCAAAGUAUGAAAUAUUCACAGAUAGCUCCAGGACUACAGGGUCAAAUUACAGAGCUUAUGAGGAUCAGUCCAAAGCCACAAGAUCAAGUCACAGGAUCUACAAAGACACAGCUUCAAGCUGCUCACCCAAUAGGAAUAACCUCAAUAGGCCCCCCAAAAGUUGUUGAAUAUGUGAAAGUGACACCUGGGCCACCACUUCAGGUUGUAAAGUCUGUAGCAUUAACAACAGGGGGAACCUCUCAAAUGGUAGACUAUGUUGAACUGACUCCAAAAGUACAAGAUGUGAGACCUUCUGAGUUUACCUCAGGGCUGUGGUUGCAAAGUGUAAAAUCAAAGGAAUUAACCACAGAGCCAACACACCAGAUUUUGGAUAUAAUGAAGUUGACAGGCUUUCAAAUUGUAAAGACUGUGUUAAUCCCACGGCCACCACUUCAAAUUGUAAAAUCUGAGGAAUUAGCACCACUACCAAUUCCUCAGAUUGCAGAACCAAUAGAAGUUUCCUUAGGAUCAGCUACUGAAGUAAUGGAUUGUUUGGACUUCUUCCCAAGGCCACAUCUUCAAGAAAUGGUAGAACCUGUAGAACUAACUCUGAGGCCAAAUACCGAAGAGAAAUCUUCAGAAUCACUCUCACAGCCAGCAUUUUCUUUGGAGGAAUCUACAGUGUUCACUCAUGAACAAGGGCUUCAGGCCAUGAAAGGAAUGGGGAUAAAAACAGGGCUUCCUCAAAUCAUGGAAUGUGAGGAUUUGAAUCUAGUACAGGUAUAUCAGAAUAGGGAAUCUGAGGAUUUUAUGUCAAGAGAGGAGUUACAAAUAGGGAAUUAUUUCUCUAGAUUUCUACAGAACUCUUCAAACUCGCUCAUCUCAAGCUCUGUCGAAGCACCUGAAUUAGGAAGCCUUUGUGAUCUGGAGAUGCCAGAAGUGUCAAGGGCCUUGGAUAUAAAAAAACUUUGGGACAGAUAUUUUGCAGUCUGAAGAAUACUUUAUAGACCCUACUAUGAUACAAACUUCAACCCUUCCCUUGUCCCUUCACAAUCAACCCUCUGAUGAGGUAGCUAACAUUGUAGAAAUCCCACAUUUUGAGAUCCCAGGAGUGGGUGUCCUAUCUAAGAGGACUGAUAAGGAGCAGGUGGAGAAGCUAG